UCCCCCCUCCCGCGCGCCCGCCCGCCGCCUGCCGCCGCCGCCGCCGCCGGAGCUCUGUAGUAUGGCAUCGAGGAGAAUGGAGACCAAACCUGUGAUAACCUGUCUCAAAACCCUCCUCAUCAUCUACUCCUUCGUCUUCUGGAUCACUGGGGUGAUCCUCCUGGCCGUUGGAGUCUGGGGCAAGCUCACUCUGGGCACCUACAUCUCUCUUAUUGCUGAGAACUCCACAAAUGCUCCCUAUGUGCUCAUCGGAACUGGCACCACUAUUGUUGUCUUUGGCCUGUUUGGAUGCUUUGCUACGUGCCGUGGUAGCCCAUGGAUGCUGAAACUGUAUGCUAUGUUUCUGUCGCUGGUGUUCCUGGCUGAGCUUGUAGCUGGCAUUUCAGGGUUUGUGUUUCGUCAUGAGAUCAAGGACACCUUCCUGAGGACCUACACAGAUGCCAUGCAGACUUACAAUGGCCAUGAUGAGAGGAGCCGGGCAGUGGACCAUGUGCAGCGCAGCUUGAGCUGCUGCGGCGUGCAGAACUACACCAACUGGAGCACCAGCCCCUACUUCCAGGAGAACGGCAUCCCCCCCAGUUGCUGCAUGAACGAAACUGAUUGUAAUCCCCAGGAUCUGCACAAUCUGACCACUGCCGCCACCAAAGUUAACCAGAAGGGUUGUUAUGAUCUGGUGACCAGUUUCAUGGAGACUAACAUGGGAAUCAUCGCUGGAGUGGCAUUUGGAAUCGCAUUUUCCCAGCUGAUUGGCAUGCUGCUGGCCUGCUGUCUGUCCCGGUUCAUCACAGCCAAUCAGUAUGAGAUGGUGUAAGGAGAAGUCUUUCCAGAACGACAGCAGCAUAAGCGACCUGUUUUAAAAAGGAACUGCAGCAAUGUUUGAAAGACUUCCAAAGAAUAUUAGAGCACAGUACAUAAUACACCUGCCCUGCUCCCCUCUAUCCCUUAACCGCCCCCCACGUGCAACUGACACUCCCGCCCAGUCUCUGCUCCACCUUUCAGCCUGUGUCAUGUGUAGUGUCCAUUUUGUGAAGCCCUGUUGUGGCACAGAAUGUAGCCAGGUCCCCCACGCAGCUAGUCCUAGUGAACCCCACCCAGAGGCCCCACGCGUGCCAGCUCCUCCACCUGUACUUGGUCCAACUGCAGCUCGUUGUAGGUGACUGGCUGUCACAGCACCGCUGGCCCCUUUGGGCCCUGCAUGUAGUGUGGGAGGCUCCUGUUAGCUCAUCACUGUGGUCCAUAAAUGCCACACACCUUUAAGUAGAUAAGUGGAUGAUAGUUAUCUGUUCUUUUGGCUUACUUUGGUUUGGUUUUCCCUUUACUAAGGCUCUUUCCUACCUUCUUCAGGCUGCCUCAGACAUGUAAAGAGACACAUCAGUCAUUGUCCAGGAGGAGAAAAAAGCAUGUGUCACGCAUGAAGGAACUUACUGUUGAGCUUUAGGUGGCCUCCUUGCUUGUUAUCACAUACCUGGGGAUGGACAGGCAGUUUAGUGUCCCUUUACCUCUCGGUUGAAACCUGUAUAAUCCUGUUACAAGGCUGUGUUUCUGCUUCUCGUGAAGGCAAUGAUAUUACUUUGUUUUUUCUCCAAUUAAUUGCCCUGUGUUGUUUUACCUCUUUUUCUUCCUGUAUUUUUUUCUUGCAUUGACAUUACAGACAUUGAGGACCUCAACAGAUCAAUUUAAAAAUGAGUGUGAAGGGGGAACAAAAGUCAACAUGUUUUUAAAAGAUCUUCAAAAAUAAUGCCUCUGUCUAGCAUGCCAACAAGAAUGCAUUGAUAUUGUGAACAUUUGUGAUACAUGUAUUAAUAAAUAGAGCAAUUACAAG